GGCCGCGGCAGGCAGAAUGAAUAUCCCGGUCUUAACCGGUUUGAGCCGGUCUGUGGAUGGCAGCAUGAGGCUUAGAGGACGGCCAAAACACUCGCAGGCAUUUAUUUGUUUUUCUGUACAUCUCCUCGCUUCCAAGUGUGCGCCGCGCUGAAAUAAAAGCCGACAGUUUGAACUUUUGAGUUACUAUGACCCGGCUUAGCUGGCAGUAGCAACUUACGCCGACUUUUUGCCAUUAGCAUGCUAGUCGUUAGCAUGGCUGCCAUUGCCGCUAAUCAAAGAAACUUACAUUUCUGACGUGGAUGUACGUUUAAUACCACGGCGACGAUCGACCCAUACUCGACGUAAGGUUUUUUUUUUUUUUUUUUUUUUUUUUUAAACAUACCUAAGAUAUUGCUAACUGUCGAGCUAGUAGCGUUAGCUCCUGGCUAUCCGUGGCUGAACCAAACGUUCAUUUUGGUUGCCGGCGCACUUUCAGCCUAAACUCCCGCGUUUGACCCGAGAGGACGGAGGACACAACCAGAAAUGACCAUGUUGGCCGACCACCCAGCCAGACAGCUGCUGGACUUCAGCCAGAAGCUGGACAUCAACCUGCUGGACAACGUGGUCAACUCCAUGUACCACGACAUCGGUUCUCAGCAACGGGUGGCCCAGGAAGUGCUCACCAACCUGAAGGACCACCCGGACGCGUGGACCAGAGUGGACACCAUCCUGGAGUUCUCCCAGAACAUGAAAACCAAGUAUUACGCGCUGCAGAUUCUGGAGACUGUCAUCAAAACCCGCUGGAAGAUUCUUCCCAGAAACCAGUGUGAAGGCAUCAAGAAGUACGUGGUGGGACUCAUCAUCAAGACGUCCUCGGACCCAGCAAACAUGGAGAAAGAGGGCGUGUACAUCUCCAAGCUCAACAUGAUCCUGGUGCAGAUCCUGAAGCAGGAGUGGCCCAAACACUGGCCCACCUUCAUCAGCGACAUCGUGGGCGCCAGUCGCACCAGCGAGAGCUUGUGUCAGAACAACAUGAUCAUCCUCAAGCUGCUCAGCGAGGAGGUCUUUGACUUCUCCAGUGGACAGAUGACUCAGGUGAAGGCCAAGCACCUCAAGGACAGCAUGUGCAACGAGUUUUCACAAAUCUUCCAGCUGUGCCAGUUUGUGAUGGAAAACUCCCAGAAUGCACCGCUGGUGCACGCCACCCUGGAAACUCUCCUGCGCUUCCUCAACUGGAUCCCCCUGGGCUACAUUUUUGAGACCAAACUCAUCAGCACGCUGGUCUACAAGUUCCUGAACGUGCCCAUGUUCCGCAACGUGACGCUGAAGUGCUUGACGGAAAUCGCCGGCGUGAGCGUGAACCAGUACGAGGAGCAGUUCGCCAACCUCUUCACUCUGACCAUGUGCCAGCUCAAGCAGAUGUUGCCGCUGAACACCAACGUCAGAGUGGCCUACGCCAACGGGAAGGACGACGAGCAGAACUUCAUCCAGAACCUCAGCCUGUUCCUGUGCACCUUCCUGAAAGAACACGGCCAGCUGGUGGAGAAGAGGCCCAACCUGCGAGAGACACUCAUGGAGGCCCUGCAUUUCAUGCUGCUGGUGUCCGAGGUGGAGGAGACGGAGAUCUUCAAGAUCUGCCUGGAGUAUUGGAACCACCUGUCGGCGGAACUUUACAGGGAGAGUCCCUUCUCCACCUCCAGCACGCCGCUGCUAUCUGACGUCCCACCUCGACGACACCUCUACCUGACCGUCCUCUCGCAGGUGCGUCUGCUGAUGGUGAGCCGCAUGGCCAAGCCCGAGGAGGUUCUGGUGGUGGAGAACGACCAGGGGGAGGUGGUCAGGGAGUUCAUGAAGGACACGGACUCCAUCAACCUCUACAAGAACAUGAGGGAGACCCUAGUGUAUCUGACACAUCUGGACUACGUGGACACGGAGCGCAUCAUGACCGAGAAGCUCCACAACCAGGUGAACGGCACCGAGUGGUCGUGGAGGAACCUCAACAUGCUUUGCUGGGCCAUCGGCUCCAUCAGCGGGGCCAUGCAUGAAGAAGACGAGAAGAGGUUUCUGGUCACCGUCAUCAAGGACCUUCUGGGCCUGUGUGAGCAGAAGAGAGGGAAGGACAACAAGGCCAUCAUCGCAUCCAACAUCAUGUACAUAGUGGGCCAGUACCCUCGCUUCCUGAGAGCACACUGGAAGUUCCUCAAGACGGUGGUCAACAAGCUCUUUGAGUUCAUGCACGAGACGCACGACGGCGUGCAGGACAUGGCCUGUGACACCUUCAUCAAGAUCGCACAGAAGUGCCGCCGCCAUUUUGUCCAGGUCCAGGUGGGCGAGGUGAUGCCCUUCAUCGACGAGAUCCUCAACAACAUCAACACCAUCAUCUGCGACCUGCAGCCUCAGCAGGUGCACACCUUCUAUGAGGCCGUGGGCUACAUGAUCGGCGCCCAGACGGACCAGGCGGUCCAGGAGCUUCUCAUAGAGAAGUACAUGAUGCUGCCCAAUCAAGUGUGGGACAGCAUCAUCCAGCAAGCCACAAAGAACGUGGACAUCCUGAAGGACGCCGAGACGGUCCGUCAGCUGGGGAGCAUCCUCAAAACAAACGUCCGAGCUUGUAAAGCUGUCGGACAUCCCUUUGUGGUACAGCUCGGUCGCAUCUACCUGGACAUGCUCAACGUCUACAAAUGUCUGAGUGAGAACAUCUCCUCGGCCGUCCAGACCAACGGCGAGAUGGUCACCAAGCAGCCGCUCAUCAGGAGCAUGAGGACGGUGAAGAGAGAGACCCUCAAGCUCAUCUCAGGGUGGGUCAGUCGCUCCAACGACCCUCAGAUGGUGGCAGAGAACUUUGUGCCUCCGCUUCUGGAGGCGGUGCUCAUCGACUACCAGAGGAACGUGGCGGCCGCCAGGGAGCCCGAGGUCCUCAGCACCAUGGCGACCAUCGUCAACAAGCUGGGGGUCCACAUCACUGGAGAAAUCCCCAAAAUCUUUGAUGCGGUCUUCGAGUGCACCCUGAACAUGAUCAACAAGGACUUUGAGGAGUUCCCCGAGCACAGGACGCACUUCUUCUACCUGCUCCAAGCGGCCACGUCCCAGUGCUUCUCCGCCUUCCUGGCCAUCGCCCCGGCCCAGUUCAAGCUCAUCCUGGACUCCAUCAUCUGGGCCUUCAAGCACACCAUGAGGAAUGUUGCGGACACAGGUCUCCAGAUCCUCCUGACGCUGCUCCAGAACGUGUCCUCCGAGGAGGCGGCGGCGCAGAGCUUCUACCAGACCUACUUCUGCGACAUCCUGCAGCACAUCUUCUCCGUGGUCACGGACACGUCUCACACCGCAGGUCUGACCAUGCACGCCACCAUCCUGGCCUACAUGUUCAACCUGGUGGAGGAGGGCAAGAUAAGCGUGGCCCUGAGCGCCGCCAGCCCCGCCAACAACCAGGCGCACGUGCAGGAAUACAUCGCCAACCUGCUCAAGACCGCCUUCCCACACCUGCAGGAUGCGCAGGUGAAGGUGUUUGUAACGGGCCUGUUCAGCCUGAACCAGGACAUUCCUGCCUUCAAGGAACAUCUGCGGGACUUCCUGGUCCAGAUCAAGGAGUUUGCAGGUGAGGACACCACAGACCUGUUCCUGGAGGAGAGGGAGGCGUCCCUGCGUCAGGCCCAGGAGGAGAAACACAAGCUGCAGAUGUCCGUGCCCGGCAUCCUCAACCCCCACGAGCUGCCCGAGGAGAUGUGCGACUGAGCACGCCCGAGCAGGACGAACACUUUAUCUUUUCAGGUGUGCGGGGACAGAAGGAGGGGUCUGUGGAAGACCCCCAGCACUUGGUUGGUCGACCAAAUCAAUGUCAAUAUGUAAAUGAUGCAGUUUGCCGCUGAGCCGCCCAACAAUUGUGCAGAUUUUUGUUCCAUAUGAACCUAUUUUAUACCUUCUGGAGUGAGUGUGUGUGUGUGAGUGUGUGUGUGGGAAACAUGCUAUCUCGUGUUCAUUCUCUGCUCAUUAAAGCUUUAUUUUCACCACUCACCUUGCAUAUUAAAGAUUUGAUCCUCUCCAAUUGUUAAUAUGUAAAAUAGAAUAGUCACACGCCUCUCUUCUCUCGCUUUGUGGGGACUUGUGUCUUUUCCUGCCAGCCAGUUGGAAGGACAAGCGAGUGUUUGUACAAGUGUCUUAGUACGCUGGAUGACAUAAAGUUGGCUAUUUUUACAAAGCGA